UCUGUAAUUACAGGAAACUGUAGUAACAUCUGCACAUGACAGCUGUUUAUUUACAAGAUUUGAAAUUAGAGACAAUUUAAUGUUUAAAAUGGCAUCAAAACCGACGAGUGAUGUCGACCCGAUCAAAAACGAGCGAAGCGGGAAUGUCCGCGAAGUGGGGUCGCAAGCGAUUUGGAGCCUAUCCUCCUGCAAGCCAGGUUUUGGCGUUGAUCAGCUGAGAGAUGACCGUGACGACACGUACUGGCAAUCAGACGGGCAAUUGCCCCACUUAGUCAACGUCCAAUUCCAAAGAAAAACAACAAUUAGUGAUAUUUAUAUUUAUACAGACUAUAAGUUGGACGAAAGCUACACCCCCAGUCGUAUUUCAAUCAGGGUGGGUAGUCACUUCAACGACUUGCAAGAAAUCGAAGUCGUGAUGCUCACGGAACCCUCAGGGUGGGUGCACAUACCCAUCAAAGACAUCAGGGAUAAGCCCAUCAGGGUCUUCAUGAUACAGAUCGCUGUAACUAGUAACCAUCAAAAUGGGCGGGACACCCAUAUGAGACAAAUCAAAAUUUAUAGUCCCAUAGAAAACCAAGGCAUCGCAAUUGACAAUUUCUUAAAUUUUUCCACUGUAGAGUUUCAACAAUAUGCAACAAUUAGGUAGUUCGAGAAAUAAAACAUUUUUAAGUUUU